CCUCCCUAGCAAUCUAACAUAAAAAGCCUACAUUCUCAAACAAGCCACAAAUCAUCUCUCUCUUGUUCUUUUUUUCCUCCAAAGCUCAAUUUUCUCCUGCACUCUCACUGUUGAAUUUCCCGGUGGUGGCUUGUUGUAACUUGACUUGCUUUCUGUUGUUUUUAUGGAGUUUUAGCAACCCUCUGUCAAAUAACAUUGUCAAUUUAUAUAUUCUUUCAAAGCAAAGAUGGGAGAAAUGUCAAGCUUCCAAUUGGGAGUUAUAGGGGCCCUGUUUCUUUCUGUUGCAUCAUCUGUCUCUAUUGUCAUAUGCAACAAAGCUUUGAUGAGCAAUCUUGGCUUCCCCUUUGCUACCACACUCACUAGUUGGCAUCUCAUGGUAACAUUUUGCACCCUUCAUGCUGCCCAAAGAUUCAAUCUGUUUGAGAAUAAAUCAAUUGACAUUAAGACUGUGAUGCUUUUUGGCAUCCUCAAUGGUGUUUCUAUUGGAUUUCUUAACUUGAGCCUUGGAUUUAACUCCAUUGGUUUCUAUCAGAUGACCAAACUUGCAAUUAUACCAUUCACUGUAUUAUUGGAAACUGUCUUCCUCAAAAAGCAAUUCAGUCAAAAGAUAAAGCUAUCCCUCUUCCUUUUGCUUGUUGGAGUUGGCAUUGCCUCCAUUACUGAUCUCCAACUCAAUUUUGUUGGGACAAUCCUUUCUCUCCUUGCCAUUGCAACCACCUGUGUUGGCCAAAUUCUGACAAACACCAUACAAAAGAGGCUCAAUGUGUCUUCAACCCAGCUGCUGUACCAGUCAGCUCCAUUUCAAGCAGCUAUUCUUUUUGUGUCAGGCCCUUUGGUAGAUCAGUUCCUCACCAAGCAAAAUGUGUUUGCUUACAAAUAUUCCCCUAUAGUCCUGGCAUUUAUCAUCCUCUCAUGUAUUAUUUCUGUAUCUGUCAACUUUAGUACGUUUCUGGUUAUUGGAAAAACAUCCCCAGUUACAUAUCAAGUACUUGGUCACCUCAAAACUUGCCUGGUUCUUGCCUUCGGCUAUACACUGCUGCAUGACCCUUUUACAGACAGGAACAUCCUUGGAAUCCUGAUAGCCAUUUUUGGCAUGGGUUUAUAUUCAUAUUUUUGCACCCAAGAGAACAAAAAGAAACAAGCUGAUCCAUUGGAGUGUCAGAUGAAAGAUAAGGAAGACAAACCAUUUCUGGCUCACGAGAAAGAAGGCCAUGAAGUUAAAAGUUCAGACAAGAAUUCCAUUGUCUAAAGCAAAAACAGGAUUUUGUUAUAAAGAUUUUGUCUAUUAAGUUAAGGUGUUGUUUCAAACGUUUUGUACCUUCCAGCACAAAUGACUUUGAUUCUUUAAAUAAACUGAAACGAUACUGGUUUGUAGCCGUUCUAAAAA